AUGAGCCAGAGCCCCGCCGCCCCGCUCGCCGUGCCUGCCCUCUACGGCGGUGCGCCGAUGCCCGGCGGCGAGCCUCCACGCAUGGGGUGGGCCGACCGCCGCCGCAUCACCACCUCUCCCUCGGCAUCGACCGCCAGCCUCCCCGCCACAGGCGCCGUGGGCACACCCUCGUCCGCAUCGCCCGCGACCAACCCGUACGCGUCUCCGAUCCACUCGGUCGCCACACCAUUGCACGUGCCCAACCCGCCCGCAGCCCCCGAGCCGCUCGACCCCGAGACCGCCGCGCGGCUCCGCGAAGCGCGCAUCCUCGCCGAGGCCCCGCCCCCAAAAGUCCCCUUCACGGGCGCGUGGGAGGCCGAGCUGGCGGCCAACCAGGCGCGUCUCGGCCCCCUCCAGCACGCGACGGCGCGCGCCCAGGCCGCCAUGCGUGUCGCGGCGGCUGUCCUGGCCGAUGCAGAGGCCGAGCACGCCGCCGCGAGCGAGCGCCGGCGUAUCACAGAGGCACAGCUCGCGGCCAGCUCGAUGGACGGGAUUAUCGGUGUGUGA